ACUUACAGCCGUUUCUGUUUCAGCGUUUCCGUUCCUCCCUUUAUCCUAGACGCAAAUUUAAAGUUGCUGGCUUUUUUUUUAAAUUACCUUUUUUUUUUGUUAAUGUUUACAUGACAUUUGAAUAAAAGAUUCAGGUGGUGUUGCGCUUCCCAAGUGGUGGUCGCUUUUUGGACACCUGGUUCGACCCCCGAGCAGUGCAGACGCCCCCUCGUUGCAUUUAUUGACACAUUUGGCAGGGCAUUUGAAGUUCCAUUGAUUCUAUAGCAUGACUCUCCUCGAAUAUUCCAAAGCUACCAGGUUUUCAGUGUUCAGUCGUUCAGUCGUUUGCCGUCUGUUCCGCCGCUGAAAGGCUUUGGGCAUGAGGAGAUGCAUCCAGCAUGUAGAGGAAGGCGAAGCUACCUCCAGUGUGUCGAAAAAGAUGGCACCAGUUACAGUCACUAUUUGGAAACAAGGCACCACUGUCCUGUGAAGAACACAGAUCAGCCCAAGAGGAGGUGUGUGUAUCCGGAUGAAACCCGCGACCCUCGUGAGGAUAAGCGGCAAAGAAAAUGAAUAGAUGGAUAAUUACAAAAGCCCUCCUCCUCCUCCUCCUUCUGGGCCAAACGCCCGCCCUCCACACGUCAAAGCCACAACAAGAGGGGCCAACCAAUGAGCUGCUGCGGGCUUCGGAGUGAAGAGGGGCCGGGGAACUCGCACACAACAUGCCCAAAGGCGAGGGAGCCCUGGACCACUUUGCCACCUAUAAGUCUUGUUGUUUUGCCUUCCACCUUUGCACAAGUUUGUUUGCGCGCAGACGGGAUCGGACGCGAUCCACUUGGAGGACUUUUUGGUGCGGGACUUGAGUUUCUUUUGCUUUCUUUCUGUUUUUUUGUUCGCCGAGAUCCGGGCGGAGGUGGCGGAGAGGAAAGUGGGGGUUGCAAUGGAGCGCUGAGACGGGAUUAUUUGCCCGUGAAAAAAAAAAAACAACAACAAAGUCCUGCAAACAACUUUGGGCGUCUCGUGUUGGGGAUAAAUGGGCACGCCGAGUGUCGACGGAGCCCGGAUCCCUUGGCAGCCUGUUGAACGGGCUGAGGUUUUCGGAUUAACCUUCUUGGAAGUUGGCGUUCAAGUUUGCCUCAUGACUCUGCUGUGAGUUUUAGCGUCCACCAGCAAGUCCACCAGCUCCACCACCACCACCACCACCGCCGCCGCCGCCGCCGCCGCCACCACCAUGGCACGCUCAGGCGCGCUGGCACGGACCCUCUGUGGCUCCCUGGGCCCACUAACGUGCGUGCUUUUGACCGUGGCGUGCUUGUCCGCCGCCUCUCCGCCCCACGGCCGCAGACUCAUCUGCUGGCAGGCCAUCCUCAACUGCCAAACGGAGCCCGAGUGCAAUUACGCGUACGAUCACUACAUGCGCGCUUGCGGGCCGGUGCUGAGCGGGGUCAGGAAGAAGUGCCCCAGUCACUGCAUCUCAUCCCUGGUGCAACUCAACUUGACCCGCAACGGACCCGCGCUGGAGGAUUGCAGCUGCGGCCACGACCCGGUGUGCUCGCGCACCAAGCGGGCCAUCGAGCCCUGCUUGCCCCGGACUACCAGCACGGGUUGCACGGAGGCCCGGCGCCAGUGCGAGCGCGACCAGCAGUGCAGCUCCACCAUGCGCGACUAUUUGCACCACUGCGGCAAACUUUUCAGCGGCGCCGUGUGCACCAACGCGUGCCGCAACGUGAUCGCCAACAUGCGCAAAAUCCCCAAGGGCCAGCAGCUGGACACUUGCGUGUGCGACGGGACCGAGAGGGCCAUCUGCGAGUUCGUCAAGAGCAGCAUGAAGAGCUUGUGCUUCGACGCGCCGGAGAGGGCGGAGAGCAGCGGCUGGCACGACGGCGACGACCCGGAGGACGACGAGGACUACCCCGACUCGGUCUACAGGGAAGAGCCGGAGAGUGGAGCCUCUCUGCCGCAGGGCCGCCGGGUUUUGAUCCUGCUGCUGGCCUCCUUUUUGGCUCUUUUGCCCCUCUAUUGAUCACCACCCUUCUGUCGAUAGUUGGAGGACUGCAUGGACGUUUGAAUAAAGACCUUAGCGGAUUAUAUUUCCUAUGCAAUUUUUUUCUUCUACUUUUGUAGUUCACACUCACCAGAUGCUCGACUCAUACGUGAUAAAAACUAAAUGAGGUUGUUCUACUUUUCACACGGAGCCUGUGGCGGUGUUUAAAUCCACAUAAUGCUGUGCACUGCCAUUUUUUUUUCUAAAAUUGUUUUGAAAAAGAUGUUAAAAAAGUUAUUUUUAUAUGACUGACUGUUGCCUUUAUGGGGGCAUAUGAUUUACAAGUAUUUAAUGCUGGAAUAUAAAAUACAACGACUUGUAAAUAGCAGAAGGGUUAAAGAGGAUAUAAUUUAUUACACGCCAACUAGUCACAUCCAAAUGUUCUUGUGAAUAAAAGACUGCGAAUUCCAGCUUUAAAGGGAAGUUAUCACCUGUAUUGUCUUGUACAUUGUAUAUAUGUGUAUAGCCAAUAUAGUUUUUUUUUUCUUCGCUUCCAGAGAAUCGUCUAUGGUGCAGGCUAUGUGCUGAUUUAUUGACUGUGUGUAGCCUAAAGAACGAAAUGUCUAAGUCCACUGUAUGGUUGCCUUAAUGAUACACUUUUAUAGAAGGCAUAAAGGAAAACUUGAAUACUUCA